GCACGCACAAGACAGAAUGUCAGUCGUAGACACGUGUGUACAGUCACUUUGUAGGCUGUAGCGGUGUAUGUUAUAUUGGCAUUGCACAGGUCGUCGAUUGCAUGUGGUCGUCGUUUUAGCAAUUUAAUUUCUGUGAAAUAAUAUACAUUAUGGAUCCAGCGUUACCAGAGGAACAUCCACGCAACCUCAUCCCAGAGCUAUGUCGGCUCUUUUACGAUAUUGGCUGGGUGACAGGCACAGGUGGAGGUGUCUCCAUCAGAUAUGAGGACCUUAUAUAUAUCGCCCCGUCAGGUGUCCAGAAGGAGCGCAUUAAGCCUGAGGAUAUGUUCGUGCAGACGAUCGAGGGAGAGGAUAUCACCGUGCCUCCACCAGAGAAAAAGUUAAAGAAGAGCCAGUGUACACCACUGUUCAUGAAUGCCUUUACCAUGAGAGCCGCAACGGCCGUCAUCCACACGCAGCUCUCACAGCAUGCGGGUGAAUGGCGAAGGAUCUCUAACGAAGAGCCGAGGCUGCGCGUCACCCAUUUAUAG